AUGGAUGCCAUCCCUACACCAAACUCUUCCGGCGACAAACAAGACAAGGUCCGCAUCUACGUCGUCCAGCGAUGUCCCCGUCUCUUGGACCUCGAACACGGCGUGCAAACUGCAACUGAAGAAAUCGCAAAAGCAGCAGAUGCCGGAGCCAAUCUCAUUGCUUUUCCCGAAACAUGGCUGACUGGAUAUCCUGCAUGGGUAUUCGGCAUGGCCAAAUGGAACGACCCCGAAGCGCGGAGUUGGUAUAAAAAACUAGUCGAAGCUAGUCCAACUGCUUCAAGCUCUCACAUCGAUCGAAUCAAGGAUGCUGCGAGAGAAAAUAAUAUUGAAGUUGUUCUUGGUUUCAACGAAAGAGGGAGAGAAAGCGGUGGGACUAUUUACAACAGUGUCGCUAUGAUUGGACGAGAUGGUUCUCUGCGGGGCCUCCAUCGCAAGCUUACUCCAACGCAUGCCGAGAGACUUGUCUGGGCAAAUGGCGAUGCGCAAGGUCUCGUAGCGUACGAUACUAGCUUUGGCAGAAUCGGUGCGGCAGUCUGUUGGGAACACUUCCACCCUCUCAUCCGACACGCUCUACACAAGGAAGAUGAACAGAUCCAUAUCGCCCUGUGGCCGGAUAUGCCUUCGGCGCAUCAAAUCGCUUCUCGACAAUAUGCCUUUGAAGGACGAUGCUUUGUUGUCGCCGCAGCUUCAUAUCUGGAUAAAGAGUCUGUGCCAGCCGAGUUGUUGGAAGCCUAUAUCAAAGGUGCCGGGUCAGCGGAUCUCUUCACAGGGGGCUCAAGCGUGAUCGGACCGGAUGGAGAGUAUAUUGCCGGUCCGGUAUACGGUCCUGAGCCCCUUAUUGUUGAUAUCGAUGUCGGAGACACAAUCGCUUAUAAACAUGACCUUGAUGUAGCGGGUCAUUAUGGCAGACCAGAUGUCUUUGAACUGCUAGUGAACAGAGAGAGUGAUAGAAGAUGA